AUUUUCGCAAGGAUGAAAAUCCACUAAACUGGUUCAAUUGGAAUGUAUCUCGCAAUAUGGGUGAUGCUCCACCCACACCACAGCGAUGAUACACCUCUGACCCACCCCAACUCCGCUCAGUCACUGCCAGGUGCGCGGAGGCUUUUAUUCAAGGGUGGACACAUCGACCACGCCAUCCACCUGACCUCCAGACCCCCGCCCGCUUCCUCUCCUGCACCCCCGCCAGGCAGCAGCGAUGAACUGGUCCGCCCUGGAGUCCCUCCUCAGCGGGGUCAACGAGUACUCCACGUCGUUCGGCCGCGUCUGGCUCUCCGUGGUCUUCGUCUUCCGGGUGCUGGUGUUCGUGGUGGCGGCACAGCGGGUGUGGGGCGACGACAACAAGGACUUUGUGUGCAACACGGCUCAGCCCGGGUGCAGCAACGUCUGCUACGAUGCCAUCUUCCCCAUCUCCCACAUCCGUCUCUGGGCCCUGCAGCUCAUCUUCGUCACCUGCCCCUCGCUGCUGGUGACGGCCCACGUCAAGUACCGCGAGAAGAAGAACAAGACCUACACCCAAACGCACAGGGGGAAUCACUAUGCCAACCCUGGGAAGAAACGCGGAGGACUGUGGUGGACUUACUUGGUAAGCCUGGUUUUCAAGAUUGUGUUCGAUGCCGGCUUCCUCUUCAUCCUCCAUCACAUCUACGAGGGCUUCGACAUGCCCCGGCUCUCCAAGUGCUCCCUGGACCCCUGCCCCAACACGGUGGACUGCUACAUUUCCCGGCCCACGGAGAAGAAAAUCUUCACCCUCUUCAUGGUGGUCUCGUCCGUGGUCUGCAUCUUCAUGUGCAUCUGCGAGAUGACCUACCUCAUCUGCAAGCGCAUCAUGAAAUGCCGGACGCAGAGGAAGGAAAGAAAGAGGAGGGAGUUCGCCGCCAACCAGGAGAUGGCGCCGCUGUCUUCGCCCCGGUCGGACUGCCGGUCCAAAACGUCGGUCAGGAUGGACCCCACCGUCUCCAUCAACAACCUCAACCACGUGGCGGCCGAGAAAGCGGGGGAAGACGGAAUAAACGAUUCGCAGAGCGAAAAUGGCAAAGUGAAGCACACUUAAGGAGGUUUGAGACUCCGACGCCAGCCGAGGAACGAGGGACGACCAGGGCUGGUUCGAGGAUUUUUGUAGCCCUGGACACGUGUUUGCAUUCUAGUGUAUCGACUAAGUUAAGUUAAAGUUAAAAUACCAAUGAUUGUCACACACACUAGGUGUGGUUAAAUUUGUCCUCUGCAUUUGACCCAUCACCCUUGAUCACCCCUUGGGAGGUGAGGGGAGCAGUGAGCAGCAGCGGUGCUGCGCCCAGGAAUCAUUUUUGGUGGUUUAACCCCCAAUUCCAACCCUUGAUGCUGAGUGCCAAGCAGGGAGGUUAAUGGGUCCCAUGUUUAUAGUCUUUGGUAUGACUCGGCCGGGGUUUGAACUCACAAGCUACCGAUCUCAGGGCAGACACUCUAACCACUGAGUAGGUCUGGGUUCUACUAGAGUUGUACGGUAUACCAGUGCUAAUAAUCAAUUAAAGAUACGUGACAUUGCUGGUAAAAUGAGCAGAGGCGCGUGUUCAGCAACGCACGCAGAAACAGAAUGGAGAUAGAAACCGGAGAACGGACGCACCACACCUUUGUGUGGUGUUUGGGUCUGCGGGACCCGUUUUCAAUUUUUUUUUAAGUAGAAUGAUACAAUGAAUUAUUUUUUCAAACUGAGACUCACUGACUUUGGCUACAAUCAUAUCAGAAUACAUGUUUAAUGAACACACACCAUACACCCCCCCCCCAAAAAAAAAUUAUAUCAUAUAUAAGAUGUCUGGGUCCACUGGACCCGGGGCCGAUUGAAGUGUGGACAUUAAUGUUCUGUGUACCACACACACACACACAGAAGGCCUAGACAGGAGGACAGAGUGUCAGUACACAGAACCUCAAAGGGUCAAAUGUGCGAGAAAAUGAGAGCAGACAGUGUUGACAAAAAACUGUGUUAAUGCCUCACAAUCAAACACGUUUAUGUUAAAAUACUGAACAGAUGUUUAUAGUCUUUAGUAUGACUCGGCCGGGGUUUGAACUCACAAGCUACCGAUCUCAGGGUAGACACUCUAAUCACUGAGUAGGUCUGGGUUCUACUUGAGUUGUACGGUAUACCAGUGCUAAUAAUAAAUUAAAAAUACGUCUGAAAAAUACCGGAAAAAUGAGCAGAGGCGCGUGUUCAGCAAUGCACGCAGAAACAGUGUGGAGAUAGAAACGGGGGAACGGACGCACCACACCCUUGUGUGGUGUUGGGGUCUGCCGGACCCGUUUCCAUUUUUUUUUUUUUUGUAAGUAAAAUGAUACAAAUAAUUAAUUUUUCAAACUGAGACUCACUGACUUUGGCUACUAUCAUAUCAGAAUACAUGUUUAAUGAACACACACCAUACAUCCCCCCAACACAUUUCUAACACAUAUAAGAUGUCUGGGUCCGCUGGACCCUGGGCCAAUUGAAGUGUGGAAAUUAAUGUUCUGUGUACCACACACACACACACACACACAGAAGUCCUAGACAGGAGGACAGAGUGUCAGUACACAGAACCUCAGAGGGUCAAAUGUGCGAGAAAAUGAGAGCAGACAGUGUUGACAAAAAACAGAGUUAAUGCCUCACAAUCAAACACGUUUAUGUUAAAAUACUGAACAGAUGUUUAUAGUCUUUGGUAUGACUCGGCCGGGGUUUGAACUCACAAGCUACCGAUCUCAGGGCAGACACUCUAAUCACUGAGUAGGUCUGGGUUCUACUUGAGUUGUACGGUAUACCAGUGCUAAUAAUAAAUUAAAAAUACGUCUGAAAAAUACCGGUAAAAUGAGCAGAGGCGCGUGUUCAGCAAUGCACGCAGAAACAGUGUGGAGAUAGAAACGGGGGAACGGACGCACCACACCCUUGUGUGGUGUUGGGGUCUGCCGGACCCGUUUUCAUUUUUUUUUUUUUUGUAAGUAAAAUGAUACAAAUAAUUAAUUUUUCAAACUGAGACUCACUGACUUUGGCUACUAUCAUAUCAGAAUACAUGUUUAAUGAACACACACCAUACAUCCCCCCAACACAUUUCUAACACAUAUAAGAUGUCUGGGUCCGCUGGACCCUGGGCCAAUUGAAGUGUGGAAAUUAAUGUUCUGUGUACCACACACACACACACACACACACACAGAAGUCCUAGACAGGAGGACAGAGUGUCAGUACACAGAACCUCAGAGGGUCAAAUGUGCGAGAAAAUGAGAGCAGACAGUGUUGACAAAAAACAGAGUUAAUGCCUCACAAUCAAACACGUUUAUGUUAAAAUACUGAACAGAUGUUUAUAGUCUUUGGUAUGACUCGGCCGGGGUUUGAACUCACAAGCUACCGAUCUCAGGGCAGACACUCUAAUCACUGAGUAGGUCUGGGUUCUACUUGAGUUGUACGGUAUAACAGUGCUAAUAAUCAAUUAAAAAUAUGUGACAUUGCUGGUAAAAUGAGCAGAGGCGCGUGUUCAGCAACGCACGCAGAAACAGAAUGGAGAUAGAAACCGGAGAACGGACGCACCCCACCUUUGUGUGGUGUUUGGGUCUGCGGGACCCGUUUUCAUUUUUUUUUAAAGUAAAAUGAUACAAUUAAUUAUUUUUUCAAACUGAGACUCACUGACUUUGGCUACAAUCAUAUCAGAAUACAUGUUUAAUGAACACACACCAUACACCCCCCCCCCAAAAAAAAUUAUAUCACAUAUAAGAUGUCUGGGUCCACUGGACCCGGGGCCAAUUGAAGUGUGGAAAUUAAUGUUCUGUGUACCACACACACACGCACAGAAGGCCUAGACAGGAGGACAGAGUGUCAGUACACAGACCCUCAGAGGGUCAAAUGUGCGAGAAAAUGAGAGCAGACAGUGUUGACAAAAAACUGUGUUAAUGCCUCACAAUCAAACACGUUUAUGUUAAAAUACUGAACAGACGUUUAUUUGGAUAAGGUACACAUCUGUUCAGUAUUUUAACAUAAAAAUGUUUGAUUGUGAGGCAUUACAAGCCACAAAAUGCAAACGGGUCCAUCAGACCCACACACGCUGGCUGAGUAACAACAAUAUAAACGUUGGGGUUAAAGGUUGAAAACCAACCACAGGGGUUGCAGCUAUAAACACUGAAGCGCCGCCCUGCAAAAAGGUACUUAGCUCUUGCUCUUGUUAGCCUGAUUGAUUGAUUGAUUGAUUGAUUGAUUGAAACUUGUAUUAUAUUCCGUACAAUUGACCACUAAAUGGUAACACCCCAAUAAGUUUUUCAGCUUCUUUAAGUCCACGUUAAUCAAUUCAUGGUCAAAUCAUAGCCGUUAGCUGUAGCGGCAAACAACCAGUGCUUUAGCUACUUGUAAAUCUCCAAUCCUCGCCACCAUGGCGACAAAUAAAGUACAUUUCUUACACGUAUCGAGGAAUAGCUAAACAUGCUCCACUACGGGAUACAAUAGCUCACCGCUAACAGCGAGCUAUCGCUCCUGACAGGAAACAAAUGCCAUGGGUGGAUCUACACCAAAUAUCCACUGUAAUGAUACCAAGUACAAGGGCGUCGAUACUACAAUGAUUACAUUGAUUUUUGUUUACCAUAACAACAUCUAUAGUUUUUUUUAUUCUUUAUAAAGUCAGGAAAUAUGUCCCUGGGCUCAGGAGAACUUUGAAUAUGACCAAUGUAUGAUCCUGUAUCUACUUGGUAUCGGAUUGAUAUCACCAUUUGUAAUAUCAGCCAAAACUAUUAUAAAGUAUCAAAGAAGAGAAGAAUAAAUGAUUAUUACAUUUCGACAGAAGUGUAUAUAGAACUUGUUAAAACAGGAAAAAAAAUAUUUUAACAAUAAAUGAACAAGUACAUUAUUAAUAUUUUUUACAGCUUGUCCUUUAUAAUGUUGACAAAAUAAUAGGUGUAUAAAUGACACAAUAUGUUACUGCAUAUGUCAGCCAAUUAGGAGUCUUUGUUUGUUGACUUACUACUAAAUGACAUGUUGUUUAGUAUCUUAUUUAAUCCUCUUAAAGUCGAGGCUGUUUUUUUACAUGCUUUUUUUAUUUUUUAUUUUUGUUAUUUGGGCUUAUUGGACCCUAAUUAAAAUAAAAACUAAAAAUCAUGUUUUGAUAUGAUGUACUUAGUCCAUAAGUACACAAACGUGUACUUCUUGUGUAGUGACAUGCUAUUUUUUAUUUUUACACUUUUUUUUUUCCAAAUUCCAUUGUAUGUUGUACUCUUCUGACCCCACCAGAUGGCAGUAUAUGUGUCCACAUAAGUUGCCAUAAGACCCCAAGUGAGUAGUGUUCACAAUUUUGGAAAUAAGAGCUAAAAAGGUGCUGUCCACGCAUGUGGCCACUUAGCAUUUAGAGGUUUUAAUGACACAAUUCUUCUUUGAUUGAUGUUUAAUGUAUCAUAAGCUUUAUAGUUAAAACAAACAAGAAAAUGUUAGUGUAUUUCUCUUUAUUUUGAAAAGACGCAAAAAUACAUUUUGGUACCGGUACCAUGAUGUCUAGUAUCUACAAUACUUGGGGUGAAGCCUCUCCAGUCUUUAAAAACCACACACGCCUCUGUUUCGAACUAUCAUCGAGGGUCCUUGAAUACACAACAGUUUUUGUGCUUUGAGAUGCAAAAGUGGAACCUGAAGGUAAAUUUGUCCGAUUCUGCCACAAACAGACAUAUCAUAUUUGUACAUUUCACCUCAUAACGGUUCCCAAAUGUCGGUGUGAACGCAUGACUGUGAGCGUUGACAUCCGUGUUGAGUGAACAGUAAAGUGAUCCGUGUUCGAUUUCCUCGAAGGAAUCAGUCACUGUGCGUCUUUGUUUAGGGUAGGUAGUGUUACGCAUUCCUAAUUUCAUCCAAACAGCAAAAUCAUUGAACUUUGACGACGACUUAUAUUUUAUCUGAACUUUUUUUGACGUCUUUUUUUCAAUAACUGACAUAUUUAAAUGAAAGGAAAGAGAAAUAACGGAACUUUUACGGAAACCUAGGCCCCCCCUAGUGGUUAUAAAGUGUUUAUACCACGGCCCGGCCCUUGGGGAUGACUUUUUUGCUUUCAGUUUUAUUGUCUUUUGGCGUUCAUUUGUGUGACUUUGUGUGAAUAUUAUAUAUUUAGAUGUGUGCGGAAAUAUUUUUGUGUAUAUUUUAAUAAACAAUACAAGAGCCUCAAAUUAGAAAACAUUGGCAACAUUUUCUAUAGCAGCCCGAGUCCUGUUGACAUGGAAUAACCACAAAACAGACUCUAGUUCUACUGGACUCCAAUCAAAAAUAGCUUAUGAGCAUCCAGCAUUUUCUACGCUAUAUUAUUAGCAAUUUGAUAUAAACUAUAUUUAUUUGAGUCAUAUUGGCACGACAGAUCAUAUCCCUUGACAAUUAUCUGGAAUAAACAAUAUAUUGUAUAAAUCAUCGUAUAUCUAUUUAUAUAUCUUGUGUAUUAUUUAUUUUUAUUGUUUUGUAUUGCUGUGUUGUGCACUUAUUUUGGUAAAUAAUGGUGUGGUUUAGUCUUUGCCUUCUAAGGAAGCUGCAGGUCAAUGCUGGCCGCUAAUUAGUUUCAUUCUUAAGCACAAGGUUUUGCCAUUUUGUUUGUUUACAUUUGGAUUUGUACUGGUGGUAAUGAAUUUUUGAUGUUAAUUUUUCACCUCAGAGUGCCUUUUGUUCACCUCUCGUGACCUUACUCGGAGACUGUGAGUGUUUUCCUGCACUUUGCCACCAUCUCUGCAUCCUGGUGUACGCAGCGCUCCUUUGUGAAAGUCUGUACAAUAAAGCACUUUUUUGUUAUGCACCAUA